UGGGGAGGGCAGGGGGCGGGGACGAGGAGGAAGGCGCUGGCGGGCAGUGAUGGCGGCGGGUGAUGGGGACGUGAAGCUAGGCACCCUGGGGAGCGGCAGUGAGAGCAGCAGCGACGGCAGCAGCGAGAGCCCCGGCGGCGCGGGAGCAACAGCAGAAGGAGGCGGCUGGGCGGCCGCAGCGUUGGCGCUUCUGACGGGAGGCGGAGAGAUGCUGCUGAACGUGGCGCUGGUGGCGCUAGUGCUGCUGGGGGCCUACCGGCUGUGGGUGCGCUGGGGGCGGCGGGGUCUGGGCGCCGGGUCCGGGGCGGGCGAGGAGAGCCCCGCCGCGUCUCUGCCUCGGAUGAAGAAGCGGGACUUCAGCUUGGAGCAGCUGCGCCAGUACGACGGGUCCCGCACCCCGCGCAUCCUGCUCGCGGUCAAUGGGAAAGUCUUCGACGUGACCAAAGGCAGCAAGUUCUACGGCCCGGCGGGUCCAUAUGGAAUAUUUGCUGGUAGGGAUGCCUCCAGAGGACUGGCGACAUUUUGCCUAGAUAAAGAUGCACUUAAAGAUGAGUAUGAUGACCUCUCAGAUUUGAAUGCCGUACAAAUGGAGAGUGUUCGAGAAUGGGAAAUGCAGUUUAAAGAAAAGUAUGAUUAUGUAGGCAGACUGCUAAAACCAGGGGAAGAACCAUCAGAAUAUACAGAUGAAGAAGAUACCAAGGACCAUAAUAAACAGGAUUGAACUUUGUAAACAACCAAAGUCAGGGGCCUUCAGAACUGCAAUUCUUACUCCCUUUCACAGAAUGUCCAGCGUCUUUGGGUUUGGUUCACCUGCUGCAAAAAACAUUCAACAGAUUGUGUACAAGCUAAAUGAGUCUCACUAUGAAGAUUUGAAUACUAGACAUUAUUUAUGCUGCCAGACUCAUUUGUUGCGGUUGUCUAUAAUGUCUGAUUGGGGCUUCAUCUUGCUGAAAAGGAGACAGGGAUUUUUUUAAGAAGCAAGAAAGUUACAGGGUUACUUUUUCCUUUUUUAAUUUUUCUUUAAAUCAAAGACAACCAGAUAUGUAUUUGCUACUUAAGUGUACAAAAUUCAAAAACAGGGGUUCUUAUUUUAUGUGCUGUGCUUUUGUUUUUAGCAUUGAUGGAGGAGACCUGGACAGGAGAGGUGAUGGGUGCACAUCAGUUUGAGUAGUUUAGGCUACUGAACCAUUAAAAUGUGAAUUCACCAACUUUUCUUUUUGGGUUUUGUCAGAGAAAAGGGAAAAAAACCUUUAUUUCUAAGAAAUUUUUGGAAAUUAGGAGACAGGUUUUCAAGUGGGUUUAAGUUAGAGCUAAAUCCCCAACAGUAAGAUCAUUUGAAACAAGUUUUCAUCCCUUCCUUUCCCCUAGGUCAAAUCAAUAUUACUUGUGCCUUAUUUCACUUACAUAGACUUGAAUUGUUUUUAGGGACAGCCCCCCUAUGUGAAUUCAGAAGUCACUACAAGCAGCAUUAAGACUGAAGUUGGAAUGUUCUGUUGACUGCAAAACCUUGAUGUCAUUCUGUGUAUAUAGAAUGUAAAAGGAAUAUUCAGUGUUACUGCCAUAUAUGUUAAUAUUCACAAACUUAAUUAGCAUUGUAAUGGCCAAAUGCAUUCUCCCAUGCUUUUUUCUUUUCAAAAAAAUUGAAAGGUCAACUCUGUCCCUCAACAGCUGCCUAAUUUGGGGAGUCUGACCCUCACAGCUCACUGGUGUGGGUGCAUGGGAUCGUGGUGUGGAUGUCGUAUGGGUGCGUCUGAAUGUGUGAGAGCGCCUUGGAAGAGACUCUGCAGAUACUGUAAAUAACCAGUACCGUUUUAAUAAAGCAUGUACAAUAAACCAAAAUAAGCUCGAGUUGGACUUUAUAUACAAACUGUAAGCCAGUGCAUUCUGAUGAUGGUAGUCAAGAUUAUGCAUUUGAUUCAAGAUAAGGAAAAGUCUUGGAAAUGAAAAAGCGGGCACUGGUUAACCAAGUUGUACACAUUGUACCAUGUUCACUGUAACUUUAGGAAGAAAUUCCACUUAGUGGAACAUUCUCAAGAGAUCUGAGAUUAUUCAGGUAAGAAUUGAUAUAUAAAAAUGUACAUAUUUUUACUUUAUAUUUUGAUGCCAACUGAUUAUAGUAGAAGUAACAGCACUCCAGGUGGUAGUUAUUGGACACAAAACAGUAAAGGAUAUUCUACCGAUAGGUAUUAAAUUCUUCUAUCGUUGGUUUGGAAAAGCCCUGUCAGUUAUUUGAUUUCUUCAUGACUAUUUGAUUCUUGGUUGGGGUAAGUUAUACCAAAAAAAUACAUUUUAUUUAACAAGUCGCCAGUUAAAGAAAAGUUUUAUCCUGCUUCAUGAGUAUGAUGGUAUGUAGAAGCCAUCAAAGAAAGGGGAACAUUUAACUGCAACAAUAAACUACAGUAUGUAAAACACAGCAGGUCCUCAAAUAACAUUGUCUCUUUCGAUGCCAUAGGAACUUAACCUCUUCUUUAUAUCAGGCUGUGGUAAAAUUGGUUUCCUUAUAUGUUGUUUCACUUAAAGUUGGAGAACCUGUUGAUGUUGAGGACUUACUGUACUACAUUCUGUUAUAUUCAGUAUUGGAAUGUUUUGUAGAAAAUGAUGAACUUCAGCCAAAUCUUAGCUGAACACUGGUUGUAAAGACUGAAGAGUGUUGUUAGUAAAUGCUUUGUGUGUUUUUAUGUAAAAUAUUUUCUAAAAUUUGUUAAAGUACAUGUCCUCUGUAUUAAACUGAUACAUCUAUGGAUCAUUCGAGCCUAAAAUUCAGAAAUCUGCACUUGUGAAUAGAGAAACCCUAAAUAUUCAUGCAGUAAAAAUUAUGCAGUAUGUUAAGAAAAAUGAGUAAUUUUGUGUUUUGAACUUGAAAUAAACCGUGUUCUAAUAGACAAUUCCUCAA